AUGAUUCGCCAAAUAACCGUCUGGAUUGCAGGAACCUCCCUCAAAAAAACGAAUUUAAACAUAAUUAAUGUAACCAGAAGAGGUUUCGCCGACAUCCCGAAGAAAGACACUUCUUCUCAUGUUAUGGUCCGGACCACGGAUAAGGAUGAGCAGAUGCGCGUGCGCCGCGCCCGUGCCGCCGACGUGCCGAGGGUGCUCAAGUUCGUCCGCGAGCACACGCGCGACAUGUGGCCGGCGCUCACCAUCCCGUCAAACGCUUCCCAACUGGUCCUCUCCGACUACGUGUCGAGGGCGCUGGCGCAAGGACACUCGAUGAUCGCCGAACGCCAAGAGUCGAAGCACAACUGGUCGAAAAUCAAAGCGCUGGCUCUAAGCACCACCACCUGCAAGUGGGACGCCAGCGUGCUGGAGAAGUGGGCGCGCUGCGUCCAGUGCUCCAGGUCACGGCAGGCGCUGAUGUUCACCGCCCACUGUCUCCGUGCACCAGCCCUCCACGAUAAGUACCACGUGCACAGCAUCCUACAGGUGAUCCUGAUCGUGCCAGAAGACGUGUCGAAGCAGACGGAAUUGGUGAACAUGCUGGUCAAGAGCGCCAUCCAGCGAGGGCGAGACGUCGGCUUCUCCCUCGUGCGCUUCGACGCCGCAAACGAGGCAGUCAUAAAGGCGCUGGAGCAAAUGAAGAUGAACAAGGAGUGGCAGAUCGCCUACGACGUCCUACCCGACUGCAUAAAGGAGAGAGAGAAGCCAAAAGACAUGAAGUACUGCAUCACCACAGUGGACGCGGAGGAGGCGAACAAAUACAAAGAAAUCCAAUUCGGGCCGGGGCAUUCGCUCUCAGUGUACUCCACUUUCACCGACACCAAGAAU